AAUUUCUCAUAAAUCAAAAUCUGAAUCUCCUAUUCUUCCUCUGCUCAAAGAUCUCUACCCCUUUCUUCUCCCUUUUCCUCUUUUGACAUUAACAAUCAAACAAUAACUUGGGGCAUGUCGGAUUUAGCCAAAGAUGCAUGGCGAAAAUAUCUGAUUCAGCUCCAAGCCCACCCUUUACGAACCAAGGCGAUCACUGCUGGGGUUUUAGCAGGUUGCAGUGAUGCCAUAGCUCAGAAGAUCUCUGGAGUUAAAAGGAUUCAGUUCCGGAGAUUGUUUCUCCUUAUGCUGUAUGGGCUGUGUUAUGGUGGGCCAUUUGGUCACUUCUUUCACAAAUUGAUGGAUGCCAUUUUCAAAGGGAAGAAGGGUAAUACAACAGUCGCUAAAAAGGUUUUGUUGGAACAACUUACAUCCUCUCCAUGGAACAAUUUUCUUUUCAUGUCUUACUAUGGUUUAGUAGUUGAAGGGAGGCCAUGGAAGCUAGUGAAGCACAAAGUUGGCAAAGAUUACAGAUCAAUCCAGUUAACAGCAUGGAAGUUCUGGCCUGUUGUGGGAUGGAUUAAUUACCAGUAUGUUCCUCUGCAAUUCCGGGUCUUGUUCGGUAGCUUCAUCGCCUCUUGCUGGGGCAUUUUCUUGAACCUGAAAGCGCGAUCUGCAGUGAUCAAGAACGCCUAGAGAACUCAAUCUUGAAGAACACAAGUCUGAGUCUCCUUUUUCUGAAGUGCAGAAAUUCUUUUAAAAUUGAAUCUUAUGUAAAACUGGG